CCUUGAUGGGGGCAGGGAGGCUGGCACUUGCUCUCAAGAGCAGCAGCUGGGGGCAUGGGGGCUUUGUUGGAGGUCAGAACUGAGCCAGCUGUGAUGUGAGCUGCCUUUGCACAGCUGGCAGGCUUGACCCAUCGCUCUUUCAGAGCUGCUUUGCUGGGCGUUUGGGCUGCUUUAGGGUUAGGGGACAAGGAGCCCGAAAGCCAGACUGCCCCCUAUUGACCCAGGAAAGAAAAUGCAGCCCCACCCCCCAAGUGCCCUCAGCUGUGCGUAGCUCACCCGGGAAUGGGCCAGGGGUGCACUUUCUCCUGCAGCAUCGCCAGCCGAGGGGCAACCGGCUGCUCCAAGUGGGCGCCAAAGAGGACUUGCCCGGAGGCCUUUUGUGGCGUCUCAGGGCUGGUCUGGCCACCGAGGGCCCAGGGGGGGUCUUCCUGCUCUGCCCCACGCCUUGCGCUGCACCUGCUGGUGACAGCCGCCCGGGGGGGGGGGAGAGCACUGAAGCCCAGCAGCCUCCAACUCCCGUUUCCUGUCCCCAGCACAAGCCAAAUUGGGGGCCUUUUCCUGUCCCUGCAGAUGGGUUCUCUGUCCUGGAAUUGGGUUCUGGCCGAGGCCCAUUGACCUGAGCUGAAGCCGACAGGUUCUCCAUAGAAGUUGCCCGUCUGGGUUUAAACGCUGAAGUGGCCCUUCGAAGGCCAGAGGGGCCGAAAGGAGUCCCUGCACAGGGAGGCGAGAGGGAGGCGAGAGGGGGGGCUGGUGCCUUGUCCUUUUUUGAAACUUCUCCCAGCUGGCAGCCAAAAAUAGCUUCCAUUCCACACCAUAUUUGUGCAAGGGAUCUGGAGCCUUUGGAAGCUGAUUAAGCCCAGCGCCCCGCGUGCCGCUGCCUGCUGCCUUUGUGCCACAGGCACCCCAAGGCAAUGCGUUUGACGGAGCUGAACUGGGAAUGCCUCCUGCACCUCUUCUCCUUCCUGGACAAAAACAGCAGGAAGAGGCUGGGCCAGACGUGUAGCCAGCUGUGGCGGGUCUUCCAGGACCCCUCGCUGUGGCCUCUGCUCCACUUCCACUCGCCGGCGGAACUGACCAAGGAGAACUUUGUCCUGGGGCCGGCCUUGCGCCACCUCUCCAUCUGCUGGCAUUCCAGCCAAGUCAAGGUCUGCAACGUGGAGGAGUGGAUGAAGAACGAGCUCCAGAGGAGCAUCUGCAGCCUCCACAAACCUCUGGUGAACGACUUUCUACUCCAGGUUUCCAACAGGUCCCCCGGCUUGCUGUCUCUGAAGCUGUCUGGAUGCGGCCAUGUCACAGACGAUUCCCUGGUGCUGCUUCUCAAAAGCUGCCCCGGCCUCCGGACUCUCCAGUUGGAGAACUGCGUCCUGAUCACUGACCGGACCCUGGAAGCGGUUGCUCUCCAUGCCGACUCCCUAAAAACUCUGCAUGUGGACUUUUGCAGAAACAUCACAGCUGCUGGGGUGCAGCGAAUCCGGAAGAUGCGCCCGUCCCUGACUCUCCGUGCGGAAAGAAGCGCAGACAUGAUUCCGGACAAGCGGCCAGGCGGCUGGGCCUUGGAGAGAGGCCUAAAGAGGAUGCUGUGGCAUUAGCCACGCAAGGAGCCACGCUGGGGAGGGGGGGGGCUGCUCUGUUCUUUCUGUUUGUGGAUUGAGAUGCUGUGCGCAUUGCGAGAGAGACGUAAAACGGGGCUACUGGAAGUUAAUUCUACUCUAACCUGCCAUGGAUGUAGCAAAGGGGCUGUUUGCUAACAAAAAUUGAGGCUGUCCUUUUAGUGGGCUACUUGUGGUCUCUUCCAUUUCUCAAACUAGCAGUGAUUAUUUUGUGAGAUGGAGCUUCUAAAUUAAAGGACAAUAUUUGUACAAACCAUCUUUCCUUUUGCUCAGGUACUUCUUUAGUUAAACAUGCUAGAUUUUUAACACAACUUAAAUCCAAGAAUUGUAUAUCUCAACUCAUACCGACUUAGUUUUUCCAUGUGUGGGUGUAGUUCUCUAAAUUAUUCAUUGUACAUAAAACCUUCCCUCCCUCCCUCCCUAACUGCUUGGGAAUGUCAAUUUCAUUUUGGAAAUUGUGAGCAAAACCAAGAGAGAGCAAACUCAGAAACGAAGAAAUUAAAAACAAAAGAAAAAUAAAAGUGUCAGGGCAGACAGAAAGGAUAAUCAUCAGAGGCCCUUAAAGAAGAGAACUAUUUGUUUCUUGAAUCUGCUUUAUUUGAAUAAGGAACCCUGCACAGGCAUUUCAAAUUAAAACAAAAAUAAAUAUAUGAAUAUUCAUGUAAAACUGUCCUUUCUAAUGAACAAUUAUACACAAUGUACAGCUCUUCAGAUUCACUGGGAAAGGGAAACAAGGCUCCAUUCCCCACAAAGUGCACCAGGAAGGCUCCAUGCAAACUUAUCGAAAGUGAACAAAAAAGAGGGGAGAAAGGGGAAAACUUUACUGAUCUCACUUUUUUGCAUUUUUCUGCUUACA